AUGGCAUUAGUCACAAGCUUCUGUAGUCACUAUGCUUUUACUAACAUCAGUCGUUUCGAUGUACGUAUGUUGCAGUUAACCGUGAAAUCUGUACGCGACACGAAGGUGGGUGUCAUUUUUGAUCCACAGUCUUUAAUCCAAGCUCUGACCGGUCUGAUAUCCGAGCACAUGGAUGCACGCCUUGCGGAACCUGACCCUCUAACUGAAAACGUGACGUCUGUAUGCUGA